AUCACUAGGGCUUUUGCGGCAUUUACACAUCUCUAGACAUUGGAAAAAAAUAAAAUCGUAGGAGUUUUUAUGUGCUUGCGAAGAAGUGUUUCUACUGUAUUUAACUAUGUCGGUACACUAUAAAUUCAAGAGUACCCUCAAUUUUGAUACAAUAACAUUUGAUGGACUUCACAUUUCCGUUGGGGACUUGAAAAGAGAGAUUGUGCAGCAGAAGCGAUUGGGAAAAAUAAUCGACUUUGAUCUUCAAAUCACAAAUGCGCAGACUAAAGAAGAGUACAAGGACGAUGGAGUGCUUAUCCCCAAAAACACUACGCUGAUCAUAUCGCGCAUACCCAUUGCCCAUCCCACGAAGAAGGGCUGGGAGCCACCGGCAUCGGAAAAUGCCUUUUCAGCGGCGCCAGCCAAACAGGACAACUUCAACAUGGACCUGUCCAAAAUGCAAGGCAGCGAGGAGGACAAAAUCCAAGCCAUGAUGAUGCAAAGCACGGUUGACUAUGAUCCCAAGACGUACCAUCGUAUCAAAGGGCAAUCUCAAGUGGGCGAAGUUCCGGCAUCUUAUCGAUGCAACAAAUGCAAGAAGAGCGGUCACUGGAUCAAAAACUGUCCCUUUAUUUUGGGAAAGGACCAGCAAGAGGUCAAAAGAAACACGGGGAUUCCGCGCUCUUUUAGGGACAAACCAGAUGCAGCAGAGAAUGAGUCCGCCGAUUUUGUGCUGCCUGCAGUGCAAAGCCAGGAGAUUCCGGAGGAUUUAAUAUGCGGCAUAUGCCGUGAUAUAUUCGUCGAUGCCGUCAUGAUACCCUGCUGCGGAAGUUCCUUUUGCGACGACUGUGUGCGCACUUCGCUAUUGGAGUCCGAGGACAGCGAGUGUCCCGAUUGCAAGGAGAAAAACUGCUCACCGGGCUCUUUGAUUCCUAAUCGGUUUUUAAGGAACUCUGUGAACGCCUUUAAAAACGAGACUGGUUACAAAAUUAGUGCAGUUAAAUCAGCCGCAGUAAAAAAUGAGGAUAAACCACUGGUUGAGAAAGAAGUUGAGGAAAAGCCGGUGGAGGAGGAGGAAAAAGAAGAGACCGCAGAGUUGAAAACUGAAAAGCAAGAAGAAACAGAAACAGAAACUAAUGGGAACAAGGCGCCGAAAUCGGAGUCUCCGGAACCUCCUCCGACGGUGGAACCGUCACAAAAGGAGAAAGAUAAAUACGAUUCAGACUAUGAGGAUAAUAUAACCAUCAAAAUGCCCCAACCUACUGCUGAUUCAACAUCAGUGCCUAGCAAGAGAUCUCCCACUUAUUCCCACAAGUCGAGUGAAUCCUCGCACCGACGAGAGAGGUCGGAGUACACUUCGGACCACGAUCACAAGCACCACCGUCCAUCGAAAUCGGAGUCUGGCCACAAAGAACGCAGUCUGCUGCCCACGCCCAUUGGCACUGUGCCCAGCUACCAAGGGCACAUGAUGAGCGGCGAAUCGGAGGACGCUCGCCGCUCGAGUGCUUAUAAGCCGCAGUACAUGCAAAUGCAACGGGGUCCACCACCGAUGCACAUGAUGAGCCACCAUAUGCCGGCCUACAACAACGGGUAUAACAACAUGGGACAGAGGCCGCCCCUAAGCUAUGUGCCGUAUCAAAACCAAUCCGUACAUCCCAUGCGUACGCCUUACGGAUCUGCAGGCGGAAGUAUGAAUAUGAAUAUGUCACAACCAUUUCAGUCCCCAAAUUUAGCCUCGAUCUAUCAAGGGGUAGCGGCCAAGGUCGGCUCCGGUUUAAUUGACGACCCACUGGAGGCCUUCAAUCGCAUCAUGAAGGAGAAGGAACGCAAGAAGGUGGACCGAUUUCGCGGUGGCGAUCAUCACAGGUCGAGAUCGCCGGACAGACAGAGGCACCGCUUCAAAUCCCCCAUGUACGAAAAGGAUGGGCCCCGGGAUAAUCUGAAGGACAAGAGGCCGCGAUCACGGGAAAGAAAACGAGAAUAUAGCUAUGAACGUCAUAUGCGUCAUCCUCGUUCUAGUCGCCAGGCCAACGAUGGCUCCAAAUCACCAGGUGGCAGGAUCAAGAGAUCUGGACAUCGUCGCUCUGCGUCACCAAAGCCGGCGUAUAAGAGUGAUUACAGGGACAAGCCUUAUAGCAAACCGUUUGCACCCAAACCAGAGCCAGUUGAGCCUCCGCCACCCGGAUUUGAGCCAUUGCAGCUGGCGAUGGAUGACGAUGGCUACAAGAACAAGCAUCUGGCUAGCCUAGAAGCAUCACAUGGCAGUGGCAGCGGCAGUGGCAGUGGCAGCAAAGGCGGAAGCAGCAAGAAGAACGAGGAGGAACGCCGGCACGAAGAGAUGCCGCGCAAAAGGCACAGGUCGCGCAGCAAGAGCAAGGAAUCCAAGCCAGUCGACAGUAGCUAUAGGAGCCUAACGCCGCCGGCGAAGAUCACUACUCCGAAAAUGACUUCUGCCCAGUUGCGUGAACGCGAGUGCACACCGAAAACGCCGGAACGGGCCCACGAUGAGUAUUUGCCAGCGAAGGCAAGAGUGAAUGCCGCCCAGUCCGACAUGGACGACUCGCAACUGGGACCCAAUGUGGGCAAGGAGAACAAGGUGAAGAGUCCGUCGUCGAAGGAGCGCAAGAAGAAAAAGAAGGACAAGGCUGAACGCAAGAAGAGCAAGAAGGACAAGCGGGCCAAAAAGGAGAAGGGGGAGCGUCAGAAGAAGAGCUCGUCGAUAAACCGAUCCGAUUCGGAUAUUAACAACACCUCGUUGGUAAAUGAGACAACCUAUAAGAUCCUAUUAUCCCCCAGGGUCAGUCCCAACUUCGAUAUCGAAUCGUCUGCAAUUUCUCCCGCUCGCAACGCUACCGAAAACCUUAAUCCUAAAAAGAGGGAUGCAUCCCUGAAUUCGGAUGUGGCCACCGACGAUAAUCUCGGUUCGAGAAGCAAGCGCAGCGAGGCCAAUUCUGUCAAUCUAUCCAAAUGGGAGCUGGAGGAGAAUAGCACAAGUUUGGAGGACUCUUCCAAAAAGUCUGGCAAUCUAUUGGACGACCAGUCCGAGAUCACUUCCGAUGUCCUGCGCAAGGCUGAAAACGCCAUAUUUGCCAAGGCUAUAAACGCGAUUAGGCCGGUUGAAUUUCAAGUCAUCAUCAAUUCCAAGGGCAACAGCAAGGACCGUUCUGUAAUCAGGAACGACAAGGAGCGCUCGCCCACGCCCAAGCGUAACAGCAGCAGGUCGGUGAAGGAGAGGCUGGGCAACAAGGUUCCCAGCGAGCGCAGCCGUUCGCCGGACAAGUCGCGUUCCAGACGAAGGGAGGCGGCCGGCAAGAGCUCCGACGACGAUUCGCAUCGUGGCCGAUCGGAUCGUCAUGGCAGCCGGAAAAGGGAGAGCCGAUCCUCACGCGACCGGACAGCGGCGUCCGAAAAAAGGCAGGAGCGUUCGUAUAAGCGGAACACGCCCGAGGACGACAGGCAGAGGCGGCCGUACAAGGAGCGUUCCGACCCCAAGCUCGCAAAAUAUGAUCAAAUCAAUAGCGACGACUCGGAUCGAAGGGGGGCCAGAAACCAUAAAUCCGGCGACGGCCGAGUGGUGUCCUCUGUAACAGCGGUGGCAGCUGCCCUCAAGCCCUGUCGUCCGGACAAUCCGUUCAGGAAGAUCGUCGACAACAGCUCGUCGAGCAGCAGUUUAGUUGUAAAAUAUGAUAAUACGAUACAAAACGAGGCAGCGGCCUCGUCGGACAACAGCAUGGAGCACAGGAAGCAAAAGGAUAAGAAACUUAAGAAACAUGCUAAAUAUUCGUCAACCGAAUCGUUGAGAAGCGAGAAACGCAAGGAUCUGAAGAGCAAAAAGAAGAGCAAGAUUUUGAAAAAGAAGAAAAAAUCAAAGAAGUAGGUAACGAUAGGCUAUGGAAUAAGAAAUAUAAAUAUAUAUAUAUUAUUAUUGAAGAUUUCUGUGUACAAAUCAAAGAUUUUUAAUGUAUGUAUUCAACAUGCAACUAAGUAUACAAAUAAAACAGAACUACUCAA